CCCCCCCUUCCACAGCAACCAUGCAGCGUCGUCAUCGGGAAGUGUUGUGUAUUGGGGGAUGGACCGCAGCAGAUGACGUUUGGUGUCAGAGCGCGGCUGCCGGUGAACUGACAUUUGACGUUUACGAUUGUCCCAGGCAAGGGGAGAAAAUUGAAGAUAAGAUAAGGCCUGGUAAAGUUUGUGGUGAAGGGUGCCUACAGAACGGUUCUGUAAACCCUGGUUUGCUGUCCGGAUCUCGUUUCUAGUGUUGUCUUUAGAGUACAUAAUAAACGUGAUUUAUUGCGAUGAUGCUGCAGCCGUGAAGAGUUUGUUUUUGAUUUAUUGUAAACAAUUAUUGAAAUGAAAUGACACUUGUUUUAAAAAUAUAGAGUUUGAGCCAAUAAUUGCGUUUUUAUUUUGGCGUGAUGGAAAAGGAAAGGUUUACUUUACUUCUUCUUGAGCCAGGAGAAAUAUAUUUUGAAGAUUUCAGUGUUUUCUUGUUUCCUGAGAAUGUCACGGUUGUUGAUUAUGAAAGGAGAAGAGAAUUAGGUCGACUGAAGAUGUGUUCAAAAUCAAUUGUUUUUGAUCCAAAGGACAUUUUGCAGCCUAUUAUUAAAAUACCUCUGAAAGAGUGUACAAAAAUAUGUGAGUGGAAGGGAGAUGUAUUGUCCAAAGUUGCACCUACAAAUUGUGCUGUUGCUGUGGAAUGUAACCAAUAUGUGGAAAUGCUGGAAGGAAAUAUUUUGGCCCCUUAUGCAUUUAAAAAUGUGAAACGUAAAUUCAUAUUUCUCCUGAAUUAUGCUCGAAUAAUUGAUUGCUUGCCUCAAAUUAGUCAGCUACAUAGAGCAUCUACAUUACCAGUGGCAGAACAGAAUAGUAUGAUUGCUACAAUUGUUUACUCCAGACAAGCUAGAGUAAAUUUUGAUACAUUGUGGUUGGAGGAUUUGUACGAGAAAGUAGUUUUGGAGACCCAGGGAAAUAAAAUUACCCCACUUGUUGUGAAUCCAGGAAGAAUUCUGUUAACAUCAUCAAGAUUAUAUUUUCAACCUUACAAUAAUGUUGAACCAUAUCCUGUUCUUAAGAUACGCCUACAGGAUAUGAAACGAAUAAUUCGAAGAAGAUUUCUUUUGAGACAAGUGGGUUUGGAAAUUUAUUGCGACAACAGUUGUCAUGUGACUCAUCUAUUUCUUUCUUUCAAAUCUACAACUGAAAGAGAUACAUUGUAUCACAGUCUUCUUGCCCAGCCAUCUCUUAGAUUAGAUAACACAGACCAAGAAGUAAUGACCCUCCAGUGGCAGAAUGGAGUAAUAUCCAACUAUGACUACCUGCUAUAUCUUAAUAGCCUUGCUGAUCGAACAUUCAAUGACUUAACACAGUAUCCAAUAUUUCCAUGGAUUCUUUCUGAUUAUUCUUCUCCAAAGUUGGAUUUGCAAGAUCAAAAAUCAUUCAGGGAUCUGACAAAACCUGUUGGGGCCCUUAAUGAAGUACGCCUUGCAAGAUUAAAGGAACGAUUUGAAGAAAUGUCACAUCCAAAAUUCUUGUAUGGUUCACAUUAUUCUGCUCCAGGCUUUGUACUGUUCUACUUGGUCCGAAAAUAUCCACAUUAUAUGUUAUGUCUUCAGAAUGGAAGAUUUGAUCAUCCUGACAGAAUGUUUAACAGUAUUCCAGAUGUGUGGAAAAAUGUUUUAACAAACAUGUCAGAUUUCAAAGAACUAGUCCCCGCAUUUUAUGAUCUCCAAGAAGGAGGAAGUUUCCUUACUAAUAAUUUAGGCAUUAAUUUUGGUUACCGUCAUGAUGGCAUUAAAGUGGGGGAUGUUGAAUUACCUUGCUGGGCAGAUAGCCCACAAGAUUUUGUCAAAACUAUGAGAAAUGCUUUAGAGUCAGAAUAUGUAUCAAAUAAUCUCCACCACUGGAUAGACUUAAUUUUUGGGUACAAGCAAAGUGGGGCAGAAGCAGAAAAGGCAGAUAACGUUUUCUACUACUUAUGUUAUGAAGGAGCAGUUGACUUGGAUUCAAUAAAAGAAAUAAAUGACAGGCAUGCUCUUGAAGUACAAAUUAUGGAAUUUGGUCAGAUUCCAAAACAGGUUUUUACAUUGCCACAUCCAUGCCGAGUUACUGGUUUACCUGCAAUGAUCACUGUAAAUAAUGAGUCAGAAAGCUCAGCAGAAAGUGGAAGUUUAUUUCGCCAAAGAUUGCAUAGUGCCUCUGGAUUUCCUGUGUGGAAUAAUAUGAUUAAUCUGACAACAACAUGUUCAUUUCAAGCUCACAAGGAAGCUGUAAGUGCAGUUGCCGUGUCUCAAAGUAAGCAGUUCGUUGUGUCAGUUGGCCAUGACUCUCUCUUGAAAAUGUAUACACUUCAUGAGAAGAGACAAGUUCGCAGUGUCACUUUGUCAUCCAUGGCAUUGUCGUCAUGCAUCAUCUUGCCAGAUGACAAAACACUACUUGUGGGUUCAUGGGACAAUAAUGUCAUUUUGUAUAAUCUGGAAUUUGGUCGCAUAGUAGACUCAGUGAGAGGCCACGAGGAUGCAGUUUCUUGCCUUGCCUGGGGGUACAAGUCAAAGGUGCUAGUCUCAGGAUCUUGGGAUUGUUCAGUGCAAGUGUGGCAUGAUAUUUCUGAUGGUCGGAAAAUAAAACCAGCUUCGGCUCUGCUUGCCCAGCUGGAUCACGAUGCACGCAUCACAUGCUUGCAUUUAAACAGGGACAAUAAACUUCUUGUUACUGGAACGCAAGAUGGGGAAAUAUUUCUGUGGAAUAUGGAAACUCAUUCUUUGAUUCAGCCUCUUCCAGGACACAAAGGUGUAGUUCAUGCUGCCAACUUCAGCCCUGACAGUAAAAAGCUUGUCUCGUGUGGGGAUGACUGCUCCUUCAAAGUUUUAGAUCUGACUACAAGAAUGCAAGUUUAUUCUAAAAUUGUUGAUGAAGAGUUAAGAUGUCUUGCUUGGGAUGGAUUGACUCUUCUCCUUGGUGGCAGUUUGGGGACUCUUUUUAUAUGGGACUUGGUGAAUGUGCAGCUUCUUAAACAGAUAAAUGCACAUGCUGGUCCAUUACUAACCAUAGCUGUAUCUGAAGAUGGCACUGUGGUGUGCACUGGUGGAGAAGAUCGCCGUGUUGUGAUAUGGGAACCUAGUUCAUAGUUGUAAUGUGUAAAUGUACAGAUAUUAUUCUAGCUCUUAUUUGAAAUAAGGCCAGUUUGCCCUUUCGUUGUGUCUCUAAAUUGUAUUAGGUAUUAAAAAGAGGGAUUAGUUUAGUGUCCCCAUGUGCCUUUGUGGGAAUACCAUAUAAUGGUAAUGUUGUUAUUGCAAAAUUGUGAAAUAUUUUUUAAGAGUAUUUUAAUAAAAUGCUUAUAUCUUCAAAUUUUU